UACCCGCUAUGGACGGCCUUCUCGUUUCCGCUUCGACUUCCGGGGAUGAUACUAAGUCGUGCCCACGAGGACACUGGCGCCCGACCGAGGACGAGAAGCUCCGUCGGCUAGUUAAACAGUAUGGCGCACAAAACUGGAAUUUCAUUGCCGAAAAGCUGCAAGGAAGAUCAGGGAAGAGUUGUAGAUUGAGAUGGUUUAAUCAAUUGGAUCCGAGAAUAAAUAGAAGACCGUUUACAGAAGAAGAAGAAGAGAGGCUUUUAACCGCACAUCGGAUUCACGGCAACAAAUGGGCAUUAAUCGCAAGGCUUUUUCCGGGAAGAACUGAUAACGCUGUGAAGAAUCAUUGGCACGUAAUAAUGGCCAGAAAGCAAAGACAACAAUCCAAUUUCUCUGCAACUAAACUAAACUUUCCUGAAUUUUUCAUCGGUUCCAAAUCCUCUCUGGCAGCAUCGGCGAUAGCAAGAACAAGAACGCACGGAGGCGGUUGCGGUGGAGGAUUGUUUCGAAGAUUUUGGGAACGUCAAAACCCUAAUAAUCAGUGGAACAAUAGCUUCUUUCCCCAUUUUCCGUCGUCUUUGUUCUUAAGAUGGUAUCAGAGUUCAUUAGAUUUGAGAAAUUUUAAAGAGAAUCGAUCGAAAUCGAUUAAUUUUGAGAUUUCGAAUGAAUUGGUUGAAAAGAAGGAUAUUAAGUUCAUAGAUUUUCUUGGGGUUGAGCCGUGAAAAAAAUAGCGUAUGAUAUUAUGAUGUAAUUAAUUUGGCUUUAUCUAAUGUAAAAAUUAGGGUUUUAUUUUUUAGUUAGCGUAUAUUUAAUUUUGAUUCUUUUUAGUUCAAAGGUCGUGGGCGUAAAGAGUCGAGAAUCGAAUCAUCGACUAUUAGAAUAGUAA